AUAAUAAUUAUAGUAUUAUUUAUUAGUAAAUACUAAAUAGUUCAAAAUAUGUUCAAUGUUUGCGAGUAAUGAGCUGCGAGUAACACUAGUCUUAAAUAUUAACACAACCAUAGGGAUGGAAGGGAUGGAGUAUUGAUUCUGUGAUUUCAUAACAUAGCCAUAUAAGUAUAAGCAGUAAGCACAGUACAAUAGUGUUAAACCAGAGUUCUAGAACCAUUUGAGUUUGUUGACAUCUUGAAUAGAAUUAAAUCAUCAAGUAACAUGGAAGCUAUUAAAGAAGCGCCCAUCCCGGCGAUGGACAGCUUGACCUCAGCCAUGAAGAACAACAUUGUCCCAAACCAAGAAUAUCUGUUACAAGGCAGCGUUCUGGACUCUGCUGUUGAGGUCCUGUUACACAGGUUGCGAGGGCUUUGCGACAACGUCGAUUCAGGACCGGAGACAUUCCACGACCACGAAAUGUGUUUUAGCAUAAGGAGUGUAACUCCGCAACCGCUCACGCUGAGAGUCAGGAGAGCGAUAGACUAUUUAGACAUGCCGUACCAGCUUCGUUACAUAGGACAGCCUGAACUAGGAGAUAAAUCUAGACCGACGAUCCUACGAAACAGUAUUGAUGUAGCUACUACACCAACAAUAGUAGACUUCCUCACAGAAAUGGGGUUUCGCAUGGACUUUGAAUACAUAUUACGUGGCUAUAUGUUUCGUAAAGGCAGAAUGAAGAUUACAGUGUCUAAAAUAUUUAAAAUGAUGGUAGUAGGUAAACCUGCUCCAGAGAGUGUCGAUCCAAUAUCACAAUCAUACCUAGUAGAGUUGAGUGUAUUGGCACCCAGUAAUCAAGAUGCUAUUGCCGAAGACAUGCGUGUAUUUGCAGAGCAACUGAAACCACUGGUGCACUUGGAAAAAGUUGAUUACAAACGAUUGACACAACCACCUUUGUAAAAUACUAAUUAAAAUAUUGUAUAAUAAUAAAUAAAUAAGUAUAGCUAUUGCUUUAA